GGCGACGAGACCUUCCAAAGCAUGCGCAAGGAGGCGUGGGAGAUCGACGAACACGAGUAUAAGUCCAGCUUCCGCAGCGAAGACAAGACCCUGCCCCUGCAGCCGAUGGGCGACCUAGGUUUCUCAGGAUCGACAUUCUUCUCCACUGCCAACUCCAAGUUCCUCGUCAAAAGCCUUCCCCGACACUUCGAGCACUCCUUCUUCCGCGAGGACCUUUUCCAACCCUACUACCACCACAUGCGCACCCACCCCCAGUCGCUCCUGGUCUGGAUCACCGACUAUGUCUUUGCGCCGUACAAAACCCUCGGCAGUCUUCUGAAAACUACCCCGGCGCACCACGUCAUCAUGGAGAACAUGCUGUACGGCCGCGAAAAAGACCCUCGGCCCGACAGGUGGGAGACCUACGAUCUGAAGCCGAUCGACUAUUUCUACCCCGAGCGAGACCUGCUCCCCGAGCCCCUCGUGAGUGAGGAGACGAUCAGCAGGUUGGCGGACGAGUUCCCGGAUAAGAUCCGUCUGACGCGCAUGGAGUAUGAGGACAUGAUGAACAUGCUGCGGGCAGACACAGAGCUUUUGGAGGCGUCGAAUACGGUGGACUACUCGCUGUUUCUGGUGCGCUUUCCUGCCUCCAGCGAGCCGGACAUUAUAGGGAGAAGAGGCCCGUGGCGCGCAGGCGUGCCGUCGACGGAUGGGAAAUGGAAGUAUCGCGCGGUGGUGUUGGACUUCUUUUGGGCCAAGCACAAGUUGCACGCGCAGGCUAUGACGGGUAUGGUCCAAACGUUCAAUGUUCUGGGGAGACAUGGGCCGAUGACCAUCACCACGACGGCGGAUGAGUAUCGUCAAAAGUUCCUCAGUAUGGUGGAUGCGAUGGUGGAGGUUUCCUAACCACGCGAGUACCAUUCGAACAUAGAGCCUGGGCGGAUAGGGGGCCAAAGGUACACCGGUGCUGAUAAUACCUGCAGCAUGCAUAAUGCGAAAUUAUAUUCUUGAAGUAUAACUGUAUGUGAACCACCAAGUCGCGAUCGGUUCGUCCGAAACAAUAUGAUAUCAAUAUCUAUCCCGCACAUCUA